UCGUACCUCAAUGUUCACCUUCGAAAAUGAGACAAAUCGAAGUGCGUAAAGUCACGAGUAAAGAAAGAAGAAAAAAAGAAGAAAAAACAAGAAGAGAAAGGAAGAAACCAGAGAGGAGUUGGACAAACCCAUCUCGGCUGCAGAAUUGUCACACACCUUGGCCACAGUAGCAAGAGGAAAAUCACCAGGAGACGAUGGGUUGGCGAUGGAAUUCUAUAAAGCAGUGUGGGAGGUGUUAGUAGAGGAGUUGGUGGCGCUGUACAAUGAGGUGUUGGAGGGAGAAAGACUGGGCCCCACAAUGAUGCGGGGCAUCAUAACACUAUUGUACAAGAAGGGCGAUCGUAGCGAGAUCAGGAAUUGGCGGCCGAUAUCGCUCUUCAACUUUUCGUACAAGCUGCUGGCCAAAACCAUGGCCAACAGGCUUGCAGUACACCUUCCAGGUCUGGUGGGUUUGGACCAAGGCGCCUUUGUCAGAGGUAGAUCCAUCUGCGACAAUCUAGCCACCGCAAUCGAGUCUUUGGAAAUUAUUGGGAGCAGGAAUGUCGACGUGGCGGUCCUCAUGCUUGACAUGGAGAAAGCCUAUGAUCGAGUGAAUUGGGCCUUCGUUCUCACGACACUGAAGAGGAUGAACUUUGGCAGCAACUUCUGCAACAGUGUGAAAGCGCUGUACCCCGCUCUUGUUCGUGGUACACUUAGAGGUGCUGCUUAACGAUAUCAGAUCUCAUCCUUUGCUGGUGGGUCUGAAACUGCGCAGAGGUAAAGAAUGUAGACUUAAGGCGCUGGCGGAUGACCUGCUGGCCAUCUCAGCCAAUGAG